AUGAAAGUGGGUAUUUUAGGAGGAUGUUGUUCAUAUUUGAGUUAUUUGGUUUGGAAUAAUUAUACAAGCAAUUAAGUAGAAUUGUAUUCAUUGAAUACUGAAUUGUAGAAUCAAAUAAUCGAAAAUUGUCCAUCACUUACAUCUUAUAGACCUCCUGCAUUUUACUGUGGAUUUCUACAUACUGUAAUACCUACAAUAUCAAGACCAAAGGAGAAACACAUAUCAAAUUUAGAAAAGAUUGGUGAUACAGGAAUUUCAGUAGAUUUUGUAGACAAGGGAUAAUAGAUUAAUUGUGAUUAACCUUUAUUAUUGAUUAUCCCUGGAUUGACUGGAAAAGUCUAAAAUGGGUAAGAGUGCAUCCUUAAUCAAAUAGAUAUGUGAAUAGUCUUAUUACUUAAGCUCAUCAAUAUGGUUUUAACAACAUUUGCAUAUACACUUAUAGAAUGUUAUCAAAAGAAGCUAAUUUCCUCUUUGUUCCUCCUUAUUAAGAUUAUGGAAUUGAUUUAUAAGGAAUUGAUUAAUAAUAUUUUCGUAAUGAUGUUAUUACAGGAUAAACUACUAGAGUUGAUUUAGCUGCUGAUUUACACUACACACUUAAAUAUUUAAAAUAAAAAUACAAAUUCAAAUAAAUAUUAGCUAUUGGUUGUUCCUAUGGAGGUGUUUAAUUAGGCAAUUAUUUAGGUAGAUUUUAAGAAGACUCUUAUAUUGAUGCAGGUGUUACAAUCUGUUCACCACAUAAUAUUACUGAAUCAGAAAAGAAUAUAUCCACUAUUAUGGAUCUUACUAUGACUUAUAUUCUAAGAAGAGGAUUAAAAAUUAAUAAACAUUUAUUUGAUGAUCCUCAAAACUAUCCUAAGUAAUGGUCUCCUUAAAUAUCUAAAGCUAUGAAUUCUUUGUUUGUUCAUCAAUUUGAUAGAUAUUAUACAUCUUAAGUCUAUGGAUAUAAAUCUGAAGUUGAAUAUUAUAAGCAUUUCUCAUCCUCUUAUAGAUUUCCAUAAAUUAAAAUUCCAAUGUUAUGUAUAGCAUCUAAAGAUGAUUAUGCUGUUAAUAUAAAAGCUUUAUCUUUAGAUUAAUUAAUUUAAAAUAAGUAAACAAUAGUAUGUUUAGCUAAAACAGGAGGACAUAUCGGAUUUUUAGAAGGAUUUAAUGCAGAUAGUACUUGGUUCCCAAAACCAGCUUUAGAAUUUUUAUAAUAUUUUACAAAGGAAUAAGAAAUGGAAUAAUAUAAAGGUUAAUGA